GGUCCUAAUCCACACUAUUAGGCCAGUAGUGAUGGUAAGAACCAAUAGUAAUAGGUAAAACCUUUCUCUUCGUCCACACUAUACCCGCCAAAUUACCAAACUUAGGAAAACCCCCAAAUCUCUCAAACCUUUCAAUUUCCAGAUUCCGACGACCAUGUUCAAGAAGAACCCGACUCCGAAAGCCUCGCCGGUAACCCCUCCGAACGAGGAGACCGUCUCGGAGCUCCGACCCGGCGGCAUGUGUGUCCAGCGCCGCGACUAUGACGACGAACACCUCGCCGCCGCCGCCGCUUCUGGUCCCGUCAUCACCAUCCACGUCACUCACGGCCCGGUUCACCACGUCAUCAACCUCCCGGCCCACUCCACUUUCGGGGAAUUGAAGGGACUGGUUUCGCAGAAGACCGGGCUGGAGCCGGAGGAGCAGAAGCUGUUGUUCAGGGGGAAAGAGAAGGAAGAUGAAGAGCAUUUGGAUGCGGCCGGCGCGAAGGAUAAUUCCAGGGUUAUGCUCUUGCAGGAGCCGAAAAGGAAAGAGAGGAGCAUCGGGGAGUUGAAUGAGAACAAUGAGAUGGAAGUUGAUGCUGGGGAGGUUGGAGUUGGAAGCAAUGAGAUGGAGGCUGAUGCUGGAGAGAUUGGAGCUAUGAGCCCUGAGAUGGCCAAGGCAUUUGAAGCAAUUGCUGGAGUCAGAGCCGAGGUUGAUGGCCUGUCCGACAGGGUUUCUGCUUUGGAUGUGGCUGUGAAUGGUGGCACCAAGGUUUCCGAUAAGGAGUUUGCUGUAUCAACAGAGUUGCUCAUGAGGCAGUUGCUGAAAUUGGAUGGCAUCAAAGCCGAAGGAGAAGCUAGAAUGCAGCGGAAGGCUGAGGUACGUCGUGUCCAGAACCUUGUGGAUUCACUGGACGAUCUGAAGGUGAAAAACUCCAAUCCGAUUAACAAUGAUAGCAAUGGUGUGGCUUCUCAAAAUAGCAAUGGUGUGAAUCCUCAGAACAGCAGCGGUGUCGCUUCUCAAAAUGGCAAUGCUGUCUCGGUAACAACCAAAUGGGAAACCUUUGACUCUGGUGUGGGUAGCCUGACUGCUCCAACCCCAGUGCCAUCUUCCACAGAAGUAACCGAGGACUGGCAGAAGUUUGAUUAGUGAAAAGUUUGAUUUAUCCGGUUUACGAGAUUCGUCAUGGAACAUAGAUUAUGUGGUAAAGUUAGCUAUCAUCGUAUAGGAGCAUCUGCAUAAGAAUGGAUGGAAAUUGGUACAUCUUGGAUUUGUAUUAGGCUUGUGAGCAGUUCAUCUUUCAUACUCACCCUUGUCGAUCUAUUUCAAUUCAUGGGUCCUUCUGUAAUUCCAUAAUCUCCCAUUAUUAAAGCUUGGUGUUACCUUCAGCCAUCAGGGACUUGUGGCCUGGUGGAAACAAUAUUCAAUAGUCGGUUGUGGAUAAAGAGAUCCAGGAUGGUGUUGAAUAUUGGAGAAAGCAUAUUGUGAUGAUAAGGUUUGUUGGGUUUGAGUGUGACUGUAAGUUGGUGACUCAGGUGGGGUUUACCGUGUGUCUCACACUACCAUUUUUUAUGAAUUCUGGACUUUGGAGGAUGAUUGAAACACUAGUAGUCAGAUUUUUGUAAGGUUAUGUCUUGUUAGUCGAGGUCAGAUGACGAUCUUGGUCUCCUUAGUCUAAUUCUGGAUCCAUUUUAGCUUACAUCAGCAAGAUACAGUUUACACCAAACACGAUAACAACAUUGCAUUUCACCAGCAUUUAUCCAAAAUUUCUACUUACAGGUACUAUUCAUAUGUGAACAUGGGCAGAAGU